AUUAAAAAUGCUUAAAAACAUAACGAAAUUAGCAUUCUGCUUAGGAUUGGUUAAUGGGACAUUUGUAGUAUGUUCUUAAUAAAAAAAUAAUAAUGUCCUAAAUAGAAAUGAGCAAUACAAUUUUCUUAGUGAAAACGAAUUACAUAACUUAAUGAAGAAACAUAAAAAUUUAUCGAUUUUAAAUAGAAAGUAAACUGAGCAUAUUCUUUCUUUGAUAAGAGAUACAAAUGCUGAUAUAGUGGUAAUAAAAAAAUAAGAAAUUUAUAGAGUUUUCGAAAGAAUGCUGACAGAUUAAUAAGAAUUCUAAUGGAAUAAGCUUUGUGUUAAAUAGAAAAAAAGAAAUAUGUAAAGUAAUCUCCUUUAGGAUUAUAUGAAGCAAAUGAAGUGAAAUAUGAUGAUGAAGAGUAGAUAUAAUAUAUAAAUAUAUAUUUAGGAUAUGUAUAGUGAGUAUACUUAGAUCAGGUAAUGCAUUUUUGAAUGAAGGUUUAAAAGUGAUAUGUGGAGCAUCAAUAGGAUAAAUAUUGAUACAAAGAAAUGAAGAAACAUCAAUGCCUAAAUAUUAUUUUGAAAAGCUUCCUGAGGAUAUAAAUUAAUAAUAAAUUAUAUUAGUAGAUCCAAUGUUAGCAUCAGGGGGAAGUGCAAGCAUGGCAUUAUAAUUAUUAUUAAAUAAAGGUGUAAAACAAGAAAAUAUCAUAUUUUUAACUUUGGUUAGUUGUGAAUAAGGAUUGAAUAAAGUAUUUUAACAAUUUCCAAAUAUCAAAAUUAUUACAGCUCAAGUAGAUCCAAUAUUGUUAAAAGAUAUUAAUUACUUAGCACCUGGAAUUGGAGAUUUUGGAGAUAGGUAUUUUGGAACUAUUAAAAAAAAUACACACCCAAUUAAAGUUUGA